GACCUGUCGCUCGUUACCAUGAAGUUUGCUUUAGCUGCCGCCGCGGCCUCAGCCCUCUUUGGCCAGGUGAUGGCGGACGUUGAUCCUAUAAUUAUCAAGGGCUCGAAAUUCUUUUACUCUAGCAACAACACCCAGUUCUACAUCCGCGGAGUUGCCUACCAGCAGGACUACACCACCAACAGCACCUCUAGCUCCGACAGCAGCUACAAGGACCCCCUCGCCGACGAGACAGCGUGCAAGCGCGAUAUUCCCAUCCUGCAGGACCUCAACACCAACACGAUCCGCGUCUACGCCAUCGACCCAACGAAGAACCACACAACAUGCAUGAACAUGCUCGCCGAUGCCGGCAUCUACGUUAUAGCCGACCUCUCUGACCCCUCCGAGUCCAUCGACCGCAACGAUCCCCGCUGGGAGACUGCACUGUACACCCGGUACACGAACGUCAUUGACGCCAUGGCCGGGUUCAGCAACACCCUCGGGUUCUUUGCUGGCAACGAGGUCUCCAAUACCGUGCAGACCACUGACGCAAGCGCAUUUGUCAAAGCAGCUGUCCGGGACAUGAAAGCUUACAUCAAAGCCCAGAACUACAGGUCUGGUCUUGGUGUUGGAUAUGCUACCAACGACGACAAGAGUAUCCGUGUGCAGCUGGCGGACUACUUCAACUGUGAGUCCGAGGAGGACAGUAUCGACUUCUGGGGAUACAAUAUUUACUCCUGGUGUGGAGAUUCGACGUAUACCGAAUCCGGGUACAAGGACCGCACCGAGGAGUUUGCGAAUUACUCCGUCCCCGUCUUCUUCGCCGAAUACGGCUGCAACGAAGUUACUCCGCGCAAGUUCACUGAGAUCGAGGCGCUCUUCGGUGACAAGAUGAAUGGUGUUUGGUCUGGUGGUAUCGUCUAUAUGUACUUCCAGGAGGCUAAUGACUACGGCCUCGUCUCUGUCGUUGACAGCACCAGCGUCUCCACAAUGGCUGACUACAAGUACUACUCCAGCCAGAUCAACGCUGUCUCCCCCUCCGGUACCAACAAGGCCUCCUACACCCCCACCAACACGGCACUCCAAUCCUGCCCCGCCGUGACAUCCGGCUCCUGGCUGGCAAAGGCGACGCCCUUACCCCCGACUCCGAACACUGAUCUCUGCUCCUGCAUGGAUAAGACAAACGCCUGCGUCGUUGAUUCCUCCGUCGACUCUGACGACUACGCUGACCUCUUCUCCAUCGUGUGCGGUCUAACUGAGUGCGCGGGUGUCAGUGCAAAUGGUACGACCGGGUCCUACGGUGCCUAUGGAAUGUGCCAGUCGAAGCAGCAGCUCAACUGGGCUCUGAAUAAGUAUUACUCGGAGCAGGGCAGUGUGGCUUCGGCUUGCGACUUUGACGGCUCGGCCACAACGACUGCGACUACGGCUGCUACGGGAAGUUGUUCGUCAAUGAUGAGCCAGGCUGGGACGGACGGCACGGGCACCGUUACUGCUACGGCUACGGGGAGUGGCUCUUCGGCGACAGAGACGGAAUCCUCCGGUGCAAACGCUUUGAAUGUCGGUGUGAGCGCUGGGGCUGGUGGGUUUGUCGUUGCUGUUCUCGGGUAUUUGCUGUGAAUGACGUGGCUGGCACCUGUGGUAGAGCCUGGGACAUGCUUGGUUAUUUGUCUAAACUUUCGUUCAUGGAAUUUGAGUCUUCCGCUCAUUGAUAUUGCCCAUUGUGCAUUCAUUUGACCCAUUUUGAUGUACCUUCCUUUACACCUUCCGUUUGUUCGUUGUACAUUGAGCUUGGCAAAAUGUAGAUAGUGUACCAUACCAAAGCAAUGUAAAGCCAUGCGGA